CACUGUCAAAAUCCAAAAUUGUCCGCUGUCCUUCCGUCAAAUAAAUUGUGUACAGUGCAAUUUUUAUUCAUUUUAGGUCUAAAAAAUAAGGUAUCUUGAAAAAAUAUGGCUUCUGCUAUGGAUGUCGAUGAAGAAGAAGUAGAGAUGGCGUCGUCCAGUAGUGGAAAAGGUGACAAAAAGAGAUUUGAAGUUAAAAAGGUAAACUUCUUGAAUGUGCAUCAUCAUUGUAGUGCUACAUACUUUUCUUUGUUAUUAAUAUCUUUGUUUACCCAAUAUUUCUCAUUUCAGUGGAAUGCUGUCGCUCUUUGGGCUUGGGAUAUCGUCGUGGAUAACUGCGCGAUCUGCCGCAAUCAUAUAAUGGAUCUGUGUAUAGAGUGCCAAGCUAACCAGGCAUCUGCUACCAGUGAGGAGUGCACAGUAGCCUGGGGUGUUUGUAAUCAUGCAUUCCACUUCCAUUGUAUCUCACGUUGGCUUAAGACUCGGCAAGUGUGUCCUUUAGACAACAGAGAAUGGGAAUUCCAAAAGUAUGGCCACUAGAGCAGAUAGUCCCACAAAGGCCCAAAUAUGGAGCUACCUUUAUGUGUGAACGAUGAUAUUGGGCUUAAAAAUGUCAAUAUUGCAUUAAGUUCUUAAUAAACUAACUCAUUACCAAA